AAAAUACUCUGCAAUGACAGCAAUGGGUAUUAAUAAUUGGAGUACUUUGGGUCUUUCUUUUCUAUCCUCCACCCUUAGGCAUAGCCCACAGGCAUUGAAAGAAAAGAAAAAUGAGUGAUUAUUAUCAUCAAUGAAUAAUGCAUUUAAAUGCCCGUCUUCCCUUUAUUUAUUUAUCAUUAAGGAAUAAUACUUUUUAUUAAUAAAAUGAUAAAAAAAACAGUUGCCACAAAACUUUUCCUGUACCAUCAUCAUCAUCAUUAUCAAUUUUGAUUAUUAAGUCUUCGCCUCUGUUUCUGCCUCUGCCAUGCAUCAAUUAUCAUUCAAACCUUAGCUUUCAUUUCCAGCUCUUAUUCAAUUCCCUUUGUCUCUCUGUGUAGCUUCCUUCCUCAUUUCCAUCUCCAUCAUCCACCCGACACCGUUUCCAUGAUAUGCCUCUUCAUUUUACUCCACUUCUUCCUUAGCAUUCAACAAUGGCUUCUGCUCGCUCUCUCAUAUUAAUCCCUUCUCUCUGAAAAACAAAGGGAAAUUAUCCAAGUGCGUGAUUUUCUUCAAUGUAGGGAGUGAUAAGAAGUAAAUGCAAAUGAUUUGGUAGAUCCAUUGGCUCCAUGGGAGGCUUUUUUCACUUUUUUGAGUUCAACCAUAGCAACAUGGCCAGAAAAAUACUUGCACACAAGAGACACGUUGGUGGUCUAGAAGCACCGCGAAAUAGCUUGGAGUUGCAACUAGAAAAUUCUCAGAACUACUGCGCUGUAGAUGAUCUGCCGGUAAUUUUUCCAUCAAACUCCUCAUUGUAGAUUGCUCUUAUGAAGUUGAAGAAGACUGGGCAGCAAAGAACUAUUGUCGAACUGAGGCUUCAAUGAAGAAACUGAUUAAUGAGGAGAUGUCCAAACAAUCUAACACCAGACAAAAUACACCUAGUAUUGUUGCCCGGCUUAUGGGAAUGGAUGCAUUGCCUUUAGAUUCAAAACCUAUAGUAGUUCCAUCAGUUGAGAAAAAGAAUGAUCAUCAGCAAAGGGGAAAAAAUGCAAAGGGUUCAGAUGUCUAUUUAUCUUCUAACUCAAAUUACUCGAAGAAAAUGGAUGUUGACUCAGUUUAUGGUAGUCGAGACAGAGAUGCAGAGAGAUGGAGCACCGGCCAGGAGUUUGGAAAGCCAAGGCCUUGUGAACAUCCUCAGGAGGAAGAAUUGCAAAAAUUUAAGAAAGAAUUUGAGGCAUGGCAAGCAGCCAGGCUUAGAGAAUGUUCAAAGGUUGUUGAUGUUGGAAGCAUUUCUAUGGCUCAAGAGAAACUGAGCAAGGAAAAGAUGGCACAUUAUUCAGGUUCUGAAAGAGCAAAGCAUGAGAAGCCUUUGGAAUCUAAGAGGUUUGCAGUAAAAGAAAAUAUGUAUGAGAUGGGUUUGCAUCGCAGACAUAAAUCAGAACCUUUUACAGCUGAGCAAAAAGAAUCAAGAAGUCGAUGCACAAAUAAGGAUUUUCAGCUACCUUCUAUGAUACAUUAUAAUGAGAAAGUCGAUGCUGCUCCAACAAGGAUAGUGAUCUUAAAGCCCGGUCCUGAUAGGAUAUAUGACCAUGAAGAAUCAUGGACCAGUUCCUCUGGCACUUUAGAUGAAAGAGCUAGUAUAGAAGAUUUCCUUGAGGAGGUAAGGGAACGACUAAAACUAGAACUGCAAGGUAAAACUCUUAAAAGGAGUUCUGUGAUCAGAGGAAGUGGAAUCGAAACCCCUUUCAAUGAAAAGCCAUCUGAUCCAAGACAAAUUGCUAAGCAUAUAGCAGAACAGGUCAAGGAAAAUGUUAGUAAGGAUCUUAAAAUGAAUUUAGUUCGAUCAGAAUCAACUAAAUCAUAUAGAAGUUCAGUUCAGUUCAAUGGACCAGGCUCCCCAGAGUUCAUCAACAAAGAUACAAGAACAUUCUUGUCAGAGAGACUAAAGAAUGUUCAAAAGCAAGAAACACAGUUGGAUAUACCAAUUGUUUCCACUGGUAGAUGUAGAUUGCCUGUGUUUGAGAAUGGAAGGGACAGGCUAAAGCAAAUAGAAGAUUUCCCUAAGUCUGGAAAUGAGCAGAGCUACUGGGAAAUUGUUAAAGAUGAACAAGAAAUGCAAACCAGAUCUUUCAGGCAUGGAGAUGAUGUUGGGUUGCUAAAUAGGGAAUCGUCCACAAGAAAUCUGAUUAGGUCUUUGUCAGCACCAGUCUCGGGAACAUCAUUUGGGAAGCUGCUUUUAGAGGACCGCCAUAUUUUAACUGGUGCUCAGAUUAGGAGGAAGCAUGAAGGCAUUGAGAAUGUACAAGUGGAUGUUGAAAAAAGGAAGAGAGAAAAGUUCAAUUUGAAAGAGAAAGUUUCUAAUAUCAAGUAUGGUUUGACACUUCGACGGAGGCUAUUUGGCAGGAAGAUUCAGUCAAUGGUGGACACAUAUGGGGCCUAUGAUGGUCCUGUAAAAGAUAUAUUGAGUGGACCAACAGUUAUAAACUUCAGCGAGAGGCAUGAGAAUUCUACUGAGGUGCCUCCUAGCCCAGCAUCUGUUUGCAGCAGCACAAAUGAAGAAUUUUGGAGGCAAGUGGAUUAUCCCAGCCCGAUAUCAACACCUGAUGUGACUUUAGGAGAAGAAAAUGCAGUACAACAGGUUUUCAAAGAGAUCAGUUCUAAUUUGAAUGAGUUGAGGAGGCAACUUAAUGAACUCGAGUCUGAUGGAGUGGAUGACAUAUCAAUUGAAAAGGAGUCUACUGAAUCAGAAAUGGGGGAUAUAGAUGACCAAGCAGAAGGCUAUGUUAGGGACCUGCUUGUUGCUUCUGGUUUAUAUGGUGGAUCAUGUGACAAAUCCUUAUCUAGAUGGGACCCGUUAGCGAAGCCUAUCGGUGAUGCUGUCUUUGAACAAGUGGAAGAAUCAUAUAGAAAAUCGGGCAAGGAAAAUGAUGAGAAUGAUAAGAAGGUAGAUCGAAAGGUGUUGCUCGAUUUGUUGAAUGAAGCACUCUCAACCAUACUUGGGCCACCAGUAACCCUGUCUCGGUUCAGGAGAAAGCUUGUUGGUUCCUCCAUAUUGCCGCCUCCACGAGGAAGGAAGUUAUUGAAUUCAGUGUGGGAAAUUAUCCAAACCAAUUUAUAUCCUCCAAAUGAUAGAUGCUACUACUCGCUCGAUAGCAUGGUGGCCCGGGAUCUAGGUUCAACCCCUUGGUCUAGCUUGAUGGAUGAAGAAACUAAUGUUUUGGUAAGAGAGGUGGAAUGCUACAUUAUAGGCAACCUGGUUGAGGAAAUUGUGAAGGACAUGCAUUAAUGAUGGUGCAUACAUUAACGAGGCUUCGGCUGCUGGUUAUUAAAUCUAAUGUAGGGAAGUGGCAUACACAUGGAGAUAACCCUGCUUUGCUUGUAAAGGUGAAUAUUGGGGGGAGAUUCCCCGUCCAUGUACAUAUUCUUUGCCGGGUGGGUUUGCAACGUAUAGGUUAAGUUUGAUCAGGUUUAUACAUACUGUACAUGAUUGAUUGGUUGUAUUAUUAGAAUUUUUAUUUACAAUGGAGAGAAACUAAUAAAUGUAACUUUUUGGUUCUUGAUUCAGUUGCCUGUUUUGGCAUUAAAACUGAUAUGAUUGCUAAUGAGAGCAUAUAUUAUUGGUUCUUC